ACACCAAUUACAAUUCUUUUUUUCCAAUAAAUAAAUAAAUAUAAUUUUCACUUAAAUUCUCUAAUUCUCUUUGAUUUUCUCUCAUACCUCUCACCAUGGCCGACAGAAUCUACCCUUCAGCUAAGCCCAACGCCAAUGGCUCCGCCGCCAACGCCACCACCACCGCCACCACCACCACCGCCAACCCAAACCCUUCUUUCCCAGCUACAAAGGCUCAACUUUACGGCGCCACACGCCCUGCCUACCGUCCUCAACCCCACCAUCGCCGUCGUUCUCACUCCCGAGGCUGUUGCUGCUCCUGCUGCCUCUGGUUCUCCCUCCUUAUCCUCCUUCUUAUCUUCCUCCUCGCCAUUGCCGGCGCCGUCGUUUAUCUCCUCUACCGUCCGCACCGUCCCACCUUCUCCGUCUCCUCCCUCAAACUCUUCUCUCAACUCACAUCCUCCUCCCCCACUUGCCACACAUCAACUUACGUCUCGCUACAACCCAAACAAGAGCUGCUCUACUUUUACGACCCCAUCACUAUAUCCCUCACCACCGACGAUAACAUCCCCGUCGGCCGGGGGACUUUCCCCUCCUUCGUCCAUCCCACUAAGAACACCACUCUGCUUAAAGCGGUCAUCACCAACGGCGAUCAACAACAGCUGGAUGAGCCGUCUGUUGCCAAGUUAAAAACGGAGUUGAAAAGAAAAGAUGGGCUGCCGUUGAAGAUAAAGCUGGAGACGAAGGUGAAAGCGAAGAUGGGAGUGUUGAAGACGCCAAAAGUUAGAGCUAGAAUUUCGUGCGAAGGAAUUAAAGCCAGUGUUCCUACCGGGAAGAGUUCAACCAUGGCGUCAACUUCUGAUGCGAAGUGUAAGGUUGAUUUGAGGAUCAAGAUUUGGAAAUGGACUUUCUGAUCACAUAACUAAUUACAGUGUGAUUAAUUCAUCUUCUUCUUUUUUUUUUUUGAAUUUCUCGUUUUUCAAUUUUUUUUUUUUGGAUUUAUUUUUCUGGUUAUAAUUAAUUAAUUACAUAUUUUUGUAAAUGGAAUUAAAGUUGUUUGUAAAAA